AAUGACAGUUUAGUACUAUAAAGAAACUUUGUUCAAGAAUGUGAGAGUGCUCUAGAAGUAUUCAGGAGCAUGCAGAUGAUGGCUUAGAACAAAUUAAAAAAGUGAAUUGCAAUUUGAUGCGUCUAAAGAAGAGUGAUUGUAUUGAGUAUUUGUUCUGGGGCACCUGUUGACAGGGAUAAAAUACGAAGAAACAACCAAAGUUAUCUUAUGAUGAGGCUUUGCUAUGGCUCGUGACCCCUUGGAAGGCUUCCAUGAAGUAAACCUUGCUUCUCCUACUUCUCCGGACCUUCUUGGUGUGCGUGAACCGGGAACUCAAGAGCAGACUACCUCACCAGGCGUCAUCUACCGGCCGCACCCGUCAGCUUUGUGCUCUGCCCCCAUUCCAGCUAACGCCUUAGAUGUUUCCAACCUUCCUACACAACCUGUGUAUUCAUCCCCCAGACACUUAAAUUGUGCAGAAAUACCUAGUGUCAGCAUCCAUGUGACAGACCCGGCGCCUUGUCCUGCCUCUGGAGUCACAGCUGGGUUAACUAAAUUAACUUCAAGAAAAGACACCUGUAAUGCAGAGAGGGAGUUCUUACAGGGUGCCACUGUAACAGAGGCUUGUGAUGGCAGUGAUGAUAUAUUUGGGUUGAGUACUGACAGUCUGUCUCGUUUACGAAGCCCGUCUGUUUUGGAAGUCAGAGAAAAGGGCUAUGAAAGAUUAAAAGAAGAACUUGCAAAAGCUCAGAGGGAGCUGAAGUUAAAAGAUGAAGAGUGCGAGAGGCUUUCUAAGGUGCGGGACCAGCUGGGGCAGGAGUUGGAGGAGCUCACAGCUAGUCUGUUUGAGGAGGCUCACAAGAUGGUGCGAGAAGCGAACGUCAAGCAGGCGGCCGCGGAGAAGCAGCUGCAGGAGGCGCAGGGGAAGAUUGAUGUACUUCAAGCCGAAGUAGCUGCGUUGAAGACACUUGUGUUGUCUAGUUCUCCAACAUCCCCGACGCAGGAGCCUCUGCCCGGAGGAAAGACAGCGUUUAAGAAGGGGCACGUGAGAAACAAAAGCACCAGCAGUGCCAUGAGCUCCGGCCACCAGGACCUCAGCGUGGUGCAGCCCAUCGUGAAGGACUGCAGAGAGGCUGACUUGUCUCUGUAUAAUGAGUUCAGAUCUUGGAAGGACGAGCCCACAAUGGACAGAACGUGUCCUUUCUUAGACAAAAUCUAUCAGGAGGAUAUCUUUCCGUGUUUAACAUUCUCAAAAAGUGAGUUGGCUUCGGCUGUGCUGGAGGCUGUGGAAAACAACACUCUGAGCAUUGAGCCAGUGGGAUUACAGCCCAUCCGGUUUGUGAAGGCUUCUGCAGUCGAAUGUGGAGGACCAAACAGGACACGCCUUUCCAUCCAGCCCGUGGAGGAGUCAAGACUGAAACCAACAGUACCUAAAACCUUUGGCGUGGCUGUUUGGAGAGUGACUGGGAAAGAUUUUGAGGAAGCUGCUCAGUUGGCUGUUAAGAACCAAAUCAGUGCAGGGGACUGGAAAGCCCAGGAGAGCCCAGGAGGCAGUGAGUGACAGUGAGGGUCGUGUUGAAGACGGAAGAGGAGGGGCUGGUGGAGAUGAACCAGCGGGUCUGUGUGAAAGCCUGCCAGGAGGUGUGUGGUCCUUCUGUUUCCUGUUGUGCACAUCGCGCUCUCAGCAGGCCAACACAGCGCUGGCAUUUGGUGACUGUUUGUGGAGGUGACUUAGUCCUGUGUCUGAGCCACAUGCCCACGCGCCUCGGGUCCUGUUUUACCCUCCCCCAGUGCCACCCCUGUAGCAGGUGGCCUUAAAUUUGGAGAAGGGAUUGACAUUCCUAAAUUCUACUCCUCAACAAACGCCUGAGUAUUUUUAUCCUGAUCAUUAAAUUAGCAGUUUUCGUACUUUGUGUAUGUUAUGUUUUAUUUUAAAUAUAGCAUAUGGCAGUUUCUAUUGUAGGAUUUUAAAUUUGUGCCUGCAUUUACAUAUCACACAUAUUAUACAUGUGCACAUAUCAUUAAAUGAUGACAAAUGAGGAUAUCAGUUAAAAUAGAUUUAGUAUUUAGUCAAAUAAUUAUGCAGAUUAGGUUUAAGGAUAUUGUGCGUGUGGAGUGGGACCAGGAGCCAAGGUGUUUGUGGUGCGUAUUGUGUGCGAAAAUUCAAGGGAGAUAUGGUCCCUGUCAUGAGCAGUGGAGCUUGGCCCUGGCCCAGCUCUCCUGGGCUUGGUGUGAAGUCAGCACUAAAUGAAGGACACCAUGCUGCGGGAAUUUGGCGGACAAGCUCUGUCCAGUGGUGGUGACCAGGGACUGUUCUCGGGCGGAGGGAGGUGUGUCUGCGUUUUUGGAGCGUGGGUAGAGAUUGGAUAGAUGAAGAGCGUGCAUGUGACCGAAGGCUGGAAACAACAGUGUGUUCAGAGGAGGUGAGGAAAGGAGAGAUGGGACAAAUCUUAAGAAGGAAAAGUUAGGAGAUGAUCAGGUUCAGUGGGGAAAUGGUAUAAAUUAGUUCCAGGAGGGGCGUGUACGCAGAACAGCGGCUGCUCUUCCUGGAGCCGUGGUUAAGCUUGUCCUAGACACUCAGGCCCAAAGGGCGGGGCUUUGUCCUUGUUGCCCCUGGCCCAGCCUCUGGAACAGACCCGGGACGUGGCUGGUUCUCAAACACCUGUUUUCUUACUGAAGGAGUAUAUGGUUUGUACAGAAGGUGGGGGCAAAAUGCUUCUCAUUUUAAACAACUAAACUUUAUCAUUAUU